CGUUAGCUUUACUAGGUUAGAACUACGGUGUGUGACAGUUUCUGAAAAUGGCUUUUGUUUCAGACGGCCGAAGAGAUCCAAACGGAAGUUACACCUUCUCAAGUCGCCCCAGACCUGUUGAGAACCGCACCAAGUACAGAGAGCCUCCGUCUGAACAGGCACACAGUAAUUAUGGAAACAUUAUGUAUGACCGUCGUGUAGUUAGAGGAAACACCUACACCCAGCACAUCAUACCAACUGUGGCUCAGCCAGACCCUGCUGAGACACACAGACAACAGGAGGUCAGGAGGAGAGCUGUUGCUCGAAAACGAACCAGGGAGCAGUUCAGACCCACGACUCCCAAGGCCCUGCAGGGCAGAAAGCACAUUGAUGUCCAAACAGAGCUUUAUCUCGAAGAAUUGAGUGAUGUUAUAGAUGCUACAGAUAUUGAGUGCCAGACUGAUGCUUUCUUGGACAAACCUGCAACACCACUCUUCAUACCUGCCAAAUCUGGCAAAGAUGCCGAAACCCAGAUAGAGGAGGGAGAGUUGUUUGACUUUGACAGGGAGGUGCAGCCGUUGUUGGAGGUCCUGGUGGGUAAGACGAUAGAACAGUCUCUGGAGGAGGUGAUGGAGGAGGAGGAGCUGGCCUGUCUCAGGGCCCAGCAGCGGGCCUUUGAAGAGCUGCGAAAUAACGAGCUGGCAGAGGUGCUGCGGCUUCAGGAGCAGGAGCGACGCCGCAGAGAGGAGAAAGCGCGUAGAAUUGCCCAGCAGAGGGAGGUGCUGCAGAAAGAAAGAGAGACUGCAGAGAAGAUUGCUGCCCACGCUUACACCAAGCAGUACCUGGCCGACCUCCUGCCAGCAGUCUUUACCUCGCUGAGGAGCCGCGGCUACUUUUGCGAUCCCGUGGUGAAAGAUAUUGAGACUAAUUUCUUCCCAUGGCUGAUGGCUGAGGUUAACAACAGUUUGGAUAAGAGAUACAUAGCAAGGCAGCUGCUGGACAACAUCAUCCUCGAUGUUACCCAGAAGAGACUGGAGGACUUCAAAGAGCUGGAGACGCAGCCAGCUAAACCUGACAUAUAGACUCAGUGGGAAUGAUCCACAGAGAAAGGUUAAGGGCAUGAAUGUGUUCUCAAAUAUAUGUUUUUUCACAUACGAAACUGCAAUGUGUUGUCUCUUUGAGAACAUGAUACUGGUGUUAUUUCUUUUAAAAAGGACAAGUAGUUGAGGAUGUAUGUCUGCCAAGAAACUGAUACAUCACACAACAUUGCUAAGGCCAGCAUAAUAAAGAUUGUUCUGUGAUCACAAAUCUUAAAAAUCAAUUUUUAUGAAUCUUAAUGAUUAGGUGUUAAUUUGUGAAAUAGCUGAAAAUUCAAAUGCAGUUUUGUAUUAUCCUUGUGAAUGUUGACCUUAUCAGUUUCCUUAGUGUUUGAAGCACUUUGUUUUAUUU